AUGGAUUUAUCAAUUGAAAACAUCUUGAAAAGAACUGAUAGUAACAACUCAAUAUUUGGUCCUACUACCCCAAAUUUAUCCUCCAACGCUACUGGAUUCGAUAUCAACAACAGUAACGAUGAAAAUUUACAACCAACUGAUAAAAAACAUAAACCUAUUAAAUUCAAAGUAAGAAAAGUUAGUAGUGAUAUACCUAAACCAAAAAGUAAUAACAAACAAGUUCAAUCAGUUCAAUUACAAUAUGAUCAAUGUACCAAUAAAAUCACCAAGAUUCAAAAGGAAAUCGAUUUCUUAAAUAAUUUAUUACCACCAUACAAUGUUGAAAUUGAUUAUCAUACAAGAACUAAAAUAACCAGAGCUAUUGAAAAAUUAACCAAUAAGAUAGACGAGAUUGAAAAGAAAAAAUACAAUUUAGGAAUUACAUUAAGUAGAUUAUGGAGAGAUUUAGAUGAUAGUGAUAUUUGGGUAAGAACAGUUUCAAAUUGA